AUGGCGGAGAAGCCUCUCUGCACUCCGGCAGAGCUUAUGCUCAAGGUCGUCCUUGCAGGAACCCUGAGCCACUAUGAAGUUCGAGGCAUGAUCGACGAGAAACGCUUGGAGCACAUGCUUUCCUGCGGAAAGCAGAUCUUGUACAAGACACACCAGGAAAGCGAUGUUCGUCACAAUCUCGGCAUGUCGUCAGAUAUCUGGCAAGGCCUUACAAAUGUCCUUACGAAAGCGAUCCCCGUCCUCGAGUCCCAAUCUUUCGCAUGGAAAAGCCCCGCCGCCAGCUACGAGCACUCUUCCUCCAACCUUAUCGCCUACAAUUACCUCUCUCUUGUCAAGGAUAUCGAGCGCCUCAAUGAUCUGUGUACUAUUGCCCGCAACCUCCUCGCCACAACCAAGAAGGCGCAAAAUCUGGCAGCGGAGACCGGAUUUGACCAACGGAUCCUUGCGCUCAUCGAUACUUGUGUUCGGGUCACGGCGCGGGGAUUUGAUGGCGAAACAAAUGCGCGAAAUGAGGAGCGAUGGCAGAAAGUGGUCAACCUUUACAAGCGGCUCUUGAUUACAUGCCUUCAGUACCUUCACAACUUCAUUAUGCACAAUGAGCACCGCAAGAUGGUUCUCUGGCUGGACCUCUUUGGCUAUCAUUCAACCGCUGAUACAAACAUCAUCAAGCCAAAGGAGCCCUUGGACGAUGCUAGCUCCCGGGAAGGGGUUGCGCCUAUUGUUCAGGUUGGAGAGCGUGUCAUCAACCCGCCCAUUCGUGCGCUUUACGAUCAGACUGCGGAAGAUCUCUUGCUAGAAACCAUUGCCAAGUUCCCCCGGGAACCCGCCACCAUCAAAGAGGAAGCCGCGAUGCUGCUCUUGGCAAACAUUAAGGAUCACAUGGAGCGAAUCUUGGGUCGGGAUCUCAGUGCUAUUCAAGAAAUGGGAAGAGAUCCUGAUCAGGUAAAGGAUAUCCGAGCCGCCUUGACCGCGAUACUAGGAGCGAAGGUUGAUGGGUGGUCUGAUCUCCAGGAACGUGCCCGUGAGCUUCCACCUGCGCUUCACGAAGAUGAGCACGAUGAACCAGAGGAACAAGAAGAGGAGGGACAUGUGGACCACAGUGGCCACCAGGAAGAGGAAGAGGAAGAAGACCACGAAGUGACCAAGAAGAAAACCAUCUUGACCAUCGAUCGCAGUCUCACAGCUGGCUUCCCUCGUUUAUGCUGGGCCGAUCUUCCGGAGAUCAACGAAUUUGGCGCCGUGGAAGGACCAGUCACCGAUGAAGAUACCAGCAUGCCUCGAUCCUCCCAAUCUGCAGCGGAAACUUUACAAGAGGCCAAGGAUGAGCUUAUGGCUCGGCUUCAAGAACCAUCACACAUUGACGGAGACGAGGAGCAUGAUUAUGACCAUGGAGAUGCACACACUGUGGGCGACGAUGACUCGCGCAGCCUAGAGGCUAUGGCCGAUGGCAGCGUCGACGGGGACGGCGAGGACGAUGUGGAUGAUGACGGCGAGGGGGAUCCAGAUGACGACGAAGAGGAGGAAGACGAUGAAUACCGUGGCCGUCCCGGUGAUCAACAGCGGGGACUUUUGACUGAUAUCCCACUGGUACUCGGACCCGCUGAAAUCGAAGCUUUGCCUAUGAUCGUUCAGGCCGGUAUCGUUGACAGCUUUGGCCUUAAGGGCGGAGAACGCACGGGGUCUAGAAACAUGCAAGCUCUCCGAUGCCAUAUCUUGCUCACCCAGGAGACAGGGCGCAAUCUGCUUCGUGAACUCUUGAUCUUCAUUGCGGCGUGGGAUUUGCCUGACGAUGAACUUUAUUUCAAGAUGAUGGUUCAAAUUAUGGAAGCAGUUCUCAAGAACGGACUCAUGUCUCACGCCUACUCCGACUUUGGCCAACCCAAGGACAUCAUCUCUCCCGCACAGGCUGUGGUUAUCAAGAUCCUCACUCACAUCUUCCGAUCCAAGUAUUCUCCUGCUUCGGUUACAGGUUCCGCCCAGCCAAACAUUCCUCGCAGUCCCAGCUCUCUCAAUCGGGUUGAUAUUCUUACCGUUCGGUACAUCUUUACGAUCUUCCGUGGCAACAUCAUUCCCGAAACCUGUGCUCUGAUCUACCUCCAAGGCCAGAUUCGUGCUGAGCGAGCCUUGUCAGAGGACUUCCCUCUGAAUUUGUGGGAUAUGGAGCGUGUCUAUGAGGGUGUUUAUCAAUUCUUGGAGUUCUUCGCUGUUCUCACUGAAAACAAUGACUGGAAGAACCUGCUGGUCAAAUGGGAAAUUGUCUAUGACUUGGUGACCUUGAUCAAAGAGCUGGAAGCAAGCAUCCCCAAGGGUCAAUUGAGCCAGUUGUCCUUCGGCGCUGUGCCACCGCCGCCCCCACCACGCAGCGAUACCGCCAAUGACGCCUCCAGCUCGUCCCCUGCACCCGUUGCCGUCGAGCGCCCCUACGAUCCGAGCGACCCAGAUCCUGUCGACAACGGAGCUGGCAGCGUUGACUCACGGCCUGAAUCGCCCCCGAUCACCGAAGAUCCUUCAGAAUUCGAAUGGCGCAACCUCAAGAAACUGGUCGUGCUUGUACUGUCCUCGCUGGUGUGGAAGUGCCCGGAUGUUCAAGAGCAGAUCCGCCGCUACGGUGGUGUUGAAGCAAUUCUUUGCUGCACUGCAUUCGACGCUCACAACCCAUACAUCAAAGAACAUGCCGUCAUGUGUCUUAAGUUCUUGCUAGAGGGCAACCGUGAGAACCAGCGUCUGGUGGAAGAACUGGAGGCCCGUGAGGUUGUGAACAAGGAUGGUGGCGUGCUGGAGAAGGCUGGUUAUGAAGCAAUGAUCAACCAAGCCGGCAAGUUGGCCAUUCGGCCCAAGCCUCGCGCCGAGGAAAUCCCAUGA